AAAAGUGAGUAUUUAACUUGUCUCUUUGGGUCUUGCUGGUUUCCAUGUCUACUUACUAAUGCAUUGCUUGGUGGUGUCCAGAUCAUCAAAUUGGGUUUGAUGACACAAGAUGAAUACGAUGAAGUAAGCAGCAAAGCCUUGAGCUUAUUUGCAUAUGGACAGCAAGUGGCAUUGGAGAAUGGCCUGCUAUUAGUUGAUACGAAGUAUGAAUUUGGAAAAGGAGCUGAUGGGACGAUUAUGUUGAUUGAUGAGGUGCAUACACCUGAUUCCAGUAGAUAUUGGAUUGCUAACUCUUAUGAGGAGCGGUUUAAUGCUGGGCUUGAACCUGAAAAUGUUGAUAAGGAAUUCUUGAGAUUGUGGUUUAAGGACCAUUGCAAUCCAUAUGAAGAUGAGGUGCUGCCAGAGGCUCCUGAAGAACUUGUUUGCGAACUUGCAUGGCGAUACAUCUUCCUCUUUGAAACAAUUACAAACUCAAACUUCGAGUUGCCGCAAGCAGAGGAGCCAAUACAUGACAGGAUUUCCAGGAAUGUUUCACAGGCAUUAUCAUGUAUAUGAUUACUGAUUAUACCCUGAAGGGACAUGGAGGAUAAUGACCAAUAAUGCAUUAUGGAAAAUCUAAAUAUUAGAUAAUUUUUGCCUCUAAGUGAUUAUAAUGUAGACAAUAAACUUUUUUAAGCUCCAUGUAAUUUUCAUUUGAGGUCAAUAAAACUUGCCGAAUAUGUGAUUGUAACUUAUUCAUUUUGUGUGUGAUUUACAGUUAGAUAUUUUUUAAGUUACAUAUUUUUCAUAUGAGGUCAACAAACUUCAGAUUAUUCAAUUAUGACUUAUUUAAUUAGUUGAUGCUUCAAAUA